CAAGCGCCGCAUCCCCAUCUUUGUUUCGCCUGCUGCCAUUUGCCAUUAUUGUUAUCAUUAAUAUCUCCAUCAUUUGCAAUCGGUGAUCAAAUCGGAAGAAUCGGCACCGAAGAAAACCUCCCGAGAGGCAACCGCGGGCCAACAUGAAGCAUUUCCUGAGAGUGGUGACCCAGUUCUUCGUGUUCCUCUACUGUAAAUGUCUGUGGCGGGGCCUCAAGUUCGUCGCCAGGAAGUUUACGGGCCACUGUGAGCUGCAGCGAAUCUGCUCCAACAACAAGCACGGAGCUCGCAGGACACUCAAGAUUGAAUCGUCUCUGAGGUUCUCCAAGAAUGAGCUGCUGCAGUCUGCACUCAGCGUCCACCCUGACAAAGUGGAGAAAACCAUUGAUGACAUCAUGGCGCUGAAGAGGAUUAACCCCGACACCAACCCACAGUUAGGCAUCUCUCUCCAGGCCAGCCUUAUGCAAAUUGUGGGCUACAGGAGUCUGGUGGCGGAGGUGGAGAAGCUGCGCAGGGAGUCUUACGACUGCGAGAACCCCGAGCACGAGGACAUGCUGAUGAAGCUGUGGAAGGAGCUGCGUCCCGACACCCCUCUCACCUGUCGCAUCUCUAAACAGUGGUGUGAAAUCGGUUUCCAAGGCAGCGACCCCAAGACUGAUUUCAGAGGCAUGGGCCUGCUGGGCCUGCACAACCUGCUGUAUUUCGCAGAACACGAUAAAGCCACUGCUCUGCAGAUGCUCCACGACUCCCUGCAACCAAAGCACAAUGAGAUGAACACGCCGGAUUGGGAACAGAAGAACCUCGAAAAAGCUAUUGGAUACUCCUUUGCCAUUGUGGGCAUCAACAUCACAGACCUGGCCUACUCUCUGCUGGUGAGUGGAGCUCUGAAGACACACCUGUACAACGUGGCCCCAGAAAUGCCGAAUCUGCAGAACCUCCAGCAAACCUUCUGUUACCUGAUGCAGGAAUUCCACCGCUUCUGGGUCGAGGAGGAUCCCAGCGACAUCAUGGAGUUCAACCGGGUCCGCUCCAAGUUCCACCGGAGGAUCCUACGACAGCUGAAGAACCCGGACAUGGCUCUGUGCCCCCACUUCGCCGCCUCCAACAUCCACCUGGUCAACCUCUAAACCCUCCACCCCUCCCCCAACCUCCCCCACUGAACCCUCCAUUACCCCCCUCAGAGGUCUCCUCUGGAUGUCCGGUAGGCCCCUCCCCCAAAAAAAUUUAGAUAGAUGGUUCCUCCAACAGCUGGACACAUCUGGGGAGACUCUCUCUCCUCUCUGCUCAGCCCACCUCGUCCAAGCUAACGUCAUGUAGCGUCACUGCCAAAAGCUCACUCAGCCACUGCACACACACACACACACACGCAUGUGUGUAUAUAUAUAUAUAUAUGUACACUCACACUGCCUCCACCCCCUCACUGCAGUGUUACACCACCAGCAUCAGAGAUGACCAUAGCGAUUGUAGCUGUGCAUGAGGAGGCUGCACCACACGACUCAUCAUUAUUGCUUUAAUUCGUCAUGACGAUUGUAUCACAGCCAUUACACCUCCGUUUUGGACCCUGUGCUUCUUCUCAUUUCAAACCAAAUUUACUUUCCCGGCCAACAUUUUCUUUCUAAAUCCCUGUUGGAGAUUGCAACGUUGUGCUCAUCAGUUGACAAUAUUUUGGCAAAUAGCUGGUCGGGCUUUCAGACGCACAGUUAAAUGUGUGGGAUACAUAUAUUUAAUGUUCAAAAUGAAGAGCUAUAGAUAUAUAUAUAUAUAUAUAUAUAUAUAUAUAUAUAUAUAUAUAUAUAUAUAAUGUACGUUUAAGGCUCUCAUUCAAUCAAAAGCUAUUUAACAAUAUAGGGCCAGCUCAUCUCUCAGCUUUGUCUGUAUUAGCUAAUCGAUAUAUAGAUUGUACUUUUUUAUGUCCAUGUGACAUUAACACCGAACACUUCUCCUCGCCAAAAUAUCGAAUGUGGAGAACUUACAAUCACGGCAGCAGUUUGUUUCUUGUGAGCUCAAGUGUACGUUUCGUAAACCUGUAAAGAUGUUCAUUCAUAUUAGAAAACUUGACAAAGAGUAAUUAUACGUUUGGAUAAAAUAAGAAAAAAAAUCUUCUUCUCUUUUCUUUUUUUACAGUCUUACAAAACGUAUCUGCCUUUGCUUUGACCCCAUGCAGGGUUUCUGUUUUGACUGUCCCUCACAUGCUCACAUUCACGAUUGUUUGACUCUUUUAAUUGAAUGUGACACUGUGUCCUCUUGUUGUAUCAGCCAAAGCAAUAACUCACAUUCAUUUCACUGCACAUUUAAACGUAUAUUGAUUUGCACCAUUCGUGCCUCAGUAUGUGUUAUAUUUUCUAACUCAGAACUGGAUUUCUAAUCACUUCAUAGACAGUUUAAUAGAGGUACAUUAUUACCACAUUCAUUUUAAAAGAUCAGGGUUAUUAGUGUAGACAAGAUGUCCAAAUUUGGGUGGAAAUCUGCUAAAUUGCACAAGUGCAAACUUGUGUGUUCUUGUCUGUAAAGUCAAAGAUAUGUCGGACUGACAGGAAGCUGAAUGGGGUUUAUGGGCAAUCAUAAUGUCUUGAAUAUGAAAUGUGGUCUUACUCUGUCUCCACCAUGAUCUUUUGUUUCUUACAGUAACGUAUUAACUCAAGUUGAAACAAUGCGACAUUCUGCAGCUUUGACAAGCACCAACCAGAGGAAUACGAUAUUAAAGUAGAGCUGCUACAUAGAGAAUUAAUUAGGCGAGUCAUUCUGAUGCAUUAGAGAGCUGACAGUGAAAAUUUUAAAACACUAAAGAUGGAGGCGUUGACCGGCCAGUCAACGGAGAGAAAAAGACGUUUAAGUAACGUGGUAUUCAUCGAUGUCACUGUCAGCGCCCUGCUGCGGACUGGAAGCAUAUUUUUUUAAUCAAUACGAUAUUUUGGUGUCACCCAGACAGCUCCUCUUAGAUUAGAAAUUUCUUUUUCAGGAGUGUCCUGAUCAACAUCAGUAACGGCACAAAGAAGAUGUAUUUUAUUCUUUUUCUGGGUGUCCUGACCCCUACUCCAAACAUUCACCAUCCGAUUGAUUUUCCACGGAGAAUUAGUGUGAUCGUUAUCCCAGCUCCGAUUAAUAUUCAUACUUUUCACCGAUGAUUAUUCAUCUGACACGUGUACUUUCUCACUUGAACACGUGAGCACUGUUCCUAACGUCAAUGGGCAUUCACAUCAUGUGUGAUGCUGACAGCUCUGACAAAUGUACGACAUGAUUUUACUGCCAUGCGUUCCCUGUAGAUCGUGUUUUUAUAGCGUCGAGCGUCUUCGCCCCAUCGAAGUAAACGUCAACGCUUUCCCCCCCCGUCGGUGUCAUGCAGCCGUUUACUUCACUGCUGGUUUCAUCUCCUGCUUCCAUCUUGUUUUGCUUUGCUCUGGUCAGCUUUGCACUAAUUGUGAAAAUAAAAAUGCAGUUUCCUUUAUGAUAAUAAACCCGUAGUUUGUGGUGUUAGGAGUAUGCAAUACCGUAGAUGAAGUUAGGUACAUGCUGCUGUAUAUUCUGCUUUAAAACUGCCUUUAAGACCACACUCUGCAUGAUGGUAUUUUCAUUGCCACUGAUACGGCGUCCUGUAUUCUUCAGUAAGAAUAGAUAUUGUACUUGUGUGCUUCAUUUGACCAUGCUGUACUUUUUUGAGACCACAAUAAAGAGUAAAUUAUCAGUUAAAA